GGUUCGAUCAUAGACAUUUUAAUAAUGUUAAGUUCGAUUUAUUUAAAUUAAUAAUUUAAUUUGUAAAAAUGGACAAAUUAAAUACUACUUUAUUGUGUUUAUCAGAAGAAAAUGGUACUGAAAACAUUCUUGAUCUGUUGAAGUCACUUAAUCCUAAUGAAAUCCGAUUGAACAGCUCCAGUUCUAUUAAAUCUCUUUUGAAAUACAAAAACAAGCUAAUCAUAUUGAAAACAACAGAGUUAGUAGCUGAAUUAGCUAAAGACGAAUCUAACAGGAAUGUAUUAAGCGAAAAAGAAAUAUUACAAUUGCUACUCAAUCUUCUGGAAUCAGAUGAAAGCAUCAACUUGAAUGUGAUCAGAGCUCUUGGCAAUAUAUUUUUCGAGAAUGAAGAUGCUACAAAUAUGUUGGAAAAAAAUGACUUCGAUAAAAUAUUGAACAAGUUUUAUGACUUAGAAGGAAGUGAUAAUAUUUUGCUUCUUUCAAAAAUAAGUGGACUAUUAUUAAACAUAUUCAUAAGUAAUGGGGAUCUAAAGUUUGUCAAUAAAAAUCAAUUAUUAAAUCACAUAUCAUCAAUUCUAGAAAAGCAAUCUAGUAUUAAAUCUGAUGAUAUAAAAUAUUUCUCGUAUCUUCUUCAGAUUAUUUAUACUUUGAUGGUUGAAUAUGAAGAUCAAAUAAUUUAUUCAGAAAAAUUGUAUAAUUCAAUAAUUGACAUUCUUAAGAAUUCUAAUAUUCCUGAGUUAGAAUUGAUAUGCUUACAAAUUCUUUAUAAUGCUUCUGAUACAGAUAAAGUUCAGUUCUUACUUGCAAAGUUGAAUGUAUGUGAGAAAAUAUUUGAAUUGAUUGAAAAAUACAAAGGACUCAUUGAAGAUGAGGAAAGUAGAUCGAUUCUGAAAAUGGCUUGUGAUUUAAUAAAUAAUAUUCUAAUAGAAGAUGAAAGUAUGCAAUUGCUUUAUAAUGAAGGGCAAGGAAAGGUCUAUAAAAAUUGUGUGCAAUGGUUAGAUUCAACAGAUGAAGAUCUUUUAGCAACAGCAAUAAUGGCAAUAGGAAAUUUUGCUAGAAAUGACAAAAAUUGCAUAUCUAUUGUCAAAGGAGGAAUAUCUAAAAAGCUCAUAGAACUUUUGCCCAAAUAUGUUAGCAAAAACCCUAAUAUCAAAUUAUUACAUGGUCUACUCAGUACAUUGAAAAAUUUAGUAGUUCCCAAAAUAAAUAAGGCAAUCAUUCUUGAAGAAGGACUGCUGACCUCGAUUGAACCUGUGUUGGAAAUGGAUGAGGAUAUUGUUAUAUUCAAACUGUUGGGAACACUUAGACUUCUUAUUGAUGGACAAGAAACAGCAGCAAGGAACAUGAUAUCAAAAAAAUUGUUCAUUGAAAAAUUAGUGAGAUGGUUCAGUAAUACCCAUCACUUGGGAGUAAAACUGGAAGUAUCCAGAUUGUUGGCAUGGCUCAUUAAAAAUUGUCACUCUUGGGAAUCAAUGCAAUAUAUCUUGAAAACAGAUGGAGCAGUUGCUUGUUUAGUUUCCAUGUUUUCUUCUGAAGAUGUGAUAAUGGAAAAUGAAGCUCUGUUUUCUUUGAAUCUACUUGCAAUAUCAAUAAUUCAAUGUAGUGAUAUCACUAGUUUGAAGGACAUUGAUGUAGAAAAAAACAAAGCUGAAUUUGUCAAACAAAUUGUUGAAGCUGAUAUUGCAUCCGUGCUGCCAUAUAUGAGAAUAUUCAGCCAUAGUGAACAAAUGUUAGAAAACUUGAUUGGAUUGCUAGAAAAACUUUUGGUUCACCAGGAUAUAUUGAAUCAUUUUGUGGACAAGAAAGCAGCAAACACAUUGAUUGAAAAUAUGCAAAUGAUUAAAUAUCAAAACUGCCUUGAAAAACUUCAGAAAGUUAUAUCCCUUGUAUCACUAUAAAUCUUCGAAAUUUAUCGAAUGUGAUGUACUCACAUGCGCAUGUACAUUUUUGAGAGCUUUAAUUAAAAUUAUAGUCAAUAUUAAGCUUUAUGAAGUUUGAGAGAAUUGCUAUUAAUUCUCCAAAUUGAAAGAAUUUAGAGCCUUUAUGCAUGAGCACAUUCCUGAAAUAUAGAGGUAUUUAUAGUUUAACUAUAAAAUAUUGAAUAUUUUCCUAUUCUUGAUUUAUUCCAAUGCAACUUAUUCAAGAGCUUGUGGAAGUUGAGUUCCACAUCCACAGCAUACAGGUCAUAAUAAUUGGAAGAAUCCAUUCUUUUUAUUAAGCCUGUUUGUAACAACCAAGAAUUCUUUGAAGAAUUCUCCACCAAAUUUUGGCAAGAAAACGGCAGAGAUUAUUUUGUAUGCAACUGAACUGUGAAUUCUAUUGAAAGUACAUAUGUUACUGUAAAGGAGUCACAGCGCAUGAAUUCUCGAGUAAAUGAUCUAGAGAAUUCUUGGCUGUUGUAAACGGGCUUUAGAGGUAAGAACAAGAACUUCUAAAUUUUAGUCAAUAAAAUAUACAAUUUUCACAGUAAUUCAAGCUAUGCAUGUUCUUAAAAGUUUUUCCAAUGCAAUUUUUGUAUAAUUCACCAACUUAUCAAAAAUUAAAGCGUUAAAAGUUA